CCCCGGGCAACGGGGCGGCGGCGCUGCCUGAAGCCCCCGCCUGGCCGUUCCCGCCUCAGGCGCUCGCCGCGGCCACCCCCCCGCGCGGGGCCCUGUCGCGGCGCGGCGGAGGGGCGGGGCCCGCCUUAAAGGGGCCGCGCCUGCCUUAAAGGGGCCGCGCGGCGGCAAUGGCGGCGCCGUUCCUGUGGCUGUUGGCGCUCGGGGCCGGGGCCGCCGCCGCCGCUUCGCCGCCGCCCGACGCCGAGGUGACGUUCGUGCUGCCCGCCGGGCGCCGGGAGUGCUUCUACCAGGGCGCGCCCGGGAACGCGUCCCUGGAGGCCGAGUACCAGGUGAUCGGUGGGGCCGGGCUGGACGUCGACUUCUCCCUGGAGAGUCCCUCGGGGCGGCUGCUGGUCAGCGAGGCCCGGCGCUCGGACGGGGCCCACACCGUGGAGCCCACCGAACCCGGCGACUACAAACUUUGCUUCGACAACUCGUUCAGCACCAUCUCGGAGAAGCUCGUGUUCUUCGAGCUGAUCUUCGACAGCGCCCAGGAGGAGGAGGAGGAGGAGGAGGAGGAGGAGGAGGAAGAAGGCGACGGCUGGGCACAGGCGGCCGAGCCCGAGGCUGCGCUGGAUGUCAAGAUCGAGGACAUCAAGGAAUCCAUCGAGACCAUGAGGGGCCGCCUGGAACGGAGCAUCCAGAUGCAGACGCUGCUUCGAGCUUUCGAAGCCCGAGACCGGAACCUUCAGGAGAGCAACCUGGGCCGGGUGAACUUCUGGUCGGCCGUGAACUUGGGCGUGCUGGUGGUGGUGGCUUUCCUCCAGGUCUACCUGCUGAAAAGCCUCUUCGAGGACAAGAGGACGUUCAUUAAUAGGAUACAGACCGGAGGCACUUACACGUUGGAGGGAGAGGAGCGGAGCGCGACGGGGUUUGGCCGGAUGAGGUGAGCGGAGGGUGGGGGGGGUGCUGGAAGCAGGGGGGGGGGGGGGGUGGGGGGAGACAGGCCCACACCCCCCCCCAAGAGCCGCUGGCGACAGCGGCACCGGGGGAGCAGGAAGGGCCAAGCGCUGGCCGGGACCCCGCGGCCGGGGAAGCAGCUGCACCAGCCACACACCGGGGUCAGCGAGAGCUGCCCGGCGCGGCCGUGCCGGGGGCGUCACCAAACACCCCAACAAUCCCACCCCCCC